AUGAAAGAUGAUAUUCUGACGGCAGCAAGGUCAAAAGCCUUGAAUGGAUUACGAUUUGUACUGAUUUUGGAUGUUUUAUCUUUUUUUUUGGGCUCCAUAGGAACCAGUAAAUUGAAAGUUCUUCAACUUGCAUAUCCUAGUUCAUGGUCAUUAUCCCCAAAGCUUUGGACGCCUUUAAGAAUCGUUAUUUUAGUUUUCGACUGUUUGUUCACAGCAGGAAUCGCUAAUGAAUAUGAUGAUGUUCUGAAAGCAGCUUUCUUGCUGAGUAGCAGAUUGUGCAUUUCAAGCUUUUCUGAAGCAGCCGGCACUCUGUUUAUGAAAUUUCAAGGAUCUUGGGUCUGUGCUCUAUUUUUUAUGAUUUCUUCUUUAAAUUCAUAUACAAUGAUCCGUUCCUUACACAAAAUGAGAAAUAGUUGGGACCUACAAGUAAUUAUUGGGCUCCCUACGAAAAUCCAUUUUGUUUACAGCCUUUUCCAAGCGAUUCAUUAUCUUGAGUUUUCUUCUUCUUUCUUGGUAGAGUUACCUUUUGUUUUUCACCUCUUCUCAUGUGUCAUUCUUUUAUUAUUCUUAGGGAAUCUCAUAGGUAGGAAUCGUGAUUUUUUCUUGGGAUUCUGCUCUGCUGUUUUUGUCUUCUUAUGCAAUUCAAAUUCUUUUAUGUUUAAAUGGCCUUUACUAUUUUAUGCGAAUACAACUCUUGGUUUAUUACUUCUACUGGAGAGCAUUAUGUACACGAUGAUUGAAAAAGACAAAUUACGAGGAGUAUCAGAAUCAGAAUAUUUAUAUGAUAGUGAUUCCGAAUAA